AUGAUUGAUAUCGAUAACAACUUUGGCAUGAUGGGAAGCUCCAAGAUGCCACACAGCCACUCGACUCCGGCUGGUGUCGACGGUGGAAGUCGGACUCCGCCUGCAACACCACGUAAAACUGGAAAAAUGCUUGCCGUUAGAGUACAAAUGCUUGAUGAUAAAGUUACAAUGUUUCAAGUUCAGAUGUCUGGUAGUUUCAAAUUAAAGAGGUCGAUCGCUGUAUACAAGUCAAAUCAAGCCAAAGCAUUGGGAAGAGUUUUGUUUGAUCAAGUAUGUAAACAGCUAAAUUUACUGGAGGCUGACUACUUCGGGUUGGAGUACCAAGAGCCAAAUGGAACUAAGUAUUGGUUGGAUUUAGAGAAACCAGUUUGUCGACAAGUGGGUUUAACAAUGGUUGAUCCAUUAUUGAGAUUUUGUGUUAAAUUUUAUACACCGGAUCCAGGACAAUUGGAGGAAGAAUUCACAAGAUAUUUAUUCUGUUUGCAAAUAAAACGAGAUCUUGCACACGGGUUACUUCAAUGUAAUGACAAUACUGCUGCAUUAAUGGCUAGUUAUAUUGUACAAGCUGAAUGCGGUGAUUACGUAAUAGAAGAUUAUCCAGAUCAUACUUAUUUGUCGACAUACAAAUUUGUGCCGCAUCAGGAUCAUGAACUUGAAAGAAGAAUCAUGGAGAAUCAUAAAAAGCAUUCAGGUCAGUCGCCAGCGGAAGCAGAUUUAAAUUUAUUAGAAACAGCUCGACGAUGCGAACUUUACGGUAUGAAAAUGCAUCAAGCCAAGGAUCAUGAGGGAGUUCCAUUGAAUUUGGCGGUAGCACACAUGGGCAUUGUGGUCUUCCAAGGUUAUACCAAGAUUAACACAUUCAGUUGGGCGAAAAUCCGUAAAAUAAGCUUCAAGAGGAAACGUUUUUUAAUUAAGUUGCACCCUGAAGGUUACGGUUAUUAUAAAGACACGGUUGAGUUUUUUUUUGAUGGUCGUAAUGAGUGUAAAAAUUUUUGGAAAAAGUGUGUCGAGAAUCACGGUUUCUUUCGUUGUUCUGUUGUUAAACGUGUAUUACGUCAGAAAACACGGGUUUUGAGUCGUGGAUCUUCCUUUAGGUAUAGUGGCAAAACCCAGAAACAAAUUGUUGAAUUUGUCCGAGAUAAUUACGUGAAGCGACAAACAUUUCAAAGAGUGUUGCCUGCUCGGGAAAUGGGUGGCGGGGAGUCAGGCUCACCAUCAGGCACGAAUUAA